GAGGUUCAUGGGCCAAUAGCAAAGCAAGAAAGGGUCAGUGAGUGGUAGUAAUACAGAAAAACAAAUAGGCUCAAAAAAUGUGUCGUGCAAAACCAACAAAAGUGACUGCCCAUCCACAACCCUAAACCAACCCAACCCAACCCUCUUUCUUAAUCUGUUUGUUGCACAUCUCUCUCUCUUCCUCUCCUUUAAAUCUUGCUCUACACUUCUCUCUUUUGUAUUUGAUGUUCAAGAAUUUCCAUUCCAUCAAUAGCCAUGGAUGAAACUCUAGGUGGCUCUAGCGAUGAUACAAGGACUUGUCCACGUGGACACUGGAGACCUGCAGAGGAUGAAAAACUCCGGCAGCUUGUCGAACAGUAUGGCCCCCAGAACUGGAAUUCCAUUGCUGAGAAGCUCCAAGGACGAUCCGGGAAGAGUUGCAGAUUGAGGUGGUUCAAUCAACUUGACCCCAGAAUCAACAGAAGGCCAUUUACAGAAGAAGAAGAAGAAAGGCUUCUUGCAGCUCAUCGCAUCCAUGGAAACAAGUGGGCACUGAUAUCCAGACUCUUCCCUGGUCGAACCGAUAACGCUGUGAAGAAUCACUGGCAUGUUAUCAUGGCAAGAAAGCAAAGAGAACAAUCCAAGCUUUGUGGUAAAAGAAUUUACCAAGAUACGAUUGAAAGCUCCUCCAACGCUUCUCCCUCUUUUGGUUUUCGAAGAAGGAAUUCAAGAACCCAAGAAGAUUACAGCUUGAAAUGCCACUUUGAGGGCAUUAAGUUCUUUGAAUUCCAAACCCUAAACAAAGAUAGGAUAUUUCCAGUUUCGCCCUCCAGUUCGUCCCCUUCUUGGAAUUUCACUAGACCAACUGCUUCAGCUACAAACAACUCUUCUUCAGUGGAUUUAUUUGGAAGGGAAGGUACAGAUUACAUCAAUUCUAGCACAUAUUAUUGCACUACAGAUAGCUCAAAUAGUUCAGACCAACCUCUAUAUCGAUAUGGUUGCCGGGAUUUCAGUCCAUUUGGGCUCCCAAACUACAAGCGGGUUGUUCCAAGUCCCUUUGGGUACUCUAAGCUUGGUGAUGGUAAUAGAGCUCAUGGAGUGAUCAAGAGAGAUUUGGUUAGCUUUGGUGAUAAUUUGCACCCAUUUGCAAAGAUUAGAAGGGCUAUGGAUGAAGAAGAGAAUCAAAAUGAAUCCGUCAAGCAAAAGGAUAAUAUUCCUGCCUUCAUAGAUUUUCUUGGUGUGGGAAUCUCUUGAUCACCAAAACCCUAAUUUUAUUUAACUCUUUCCUUAUCUAUUAUAUAUAUAGAUGAUAUUUUAGCUUCAUAUUUGCAUUUUCUUAUGCAUGCCAUGGCAUACACUUGUCAAUCUUUAAAUUAAACCUUCUGAAAUUACUCUCUGGUAGUUUGUGCUUGUAACUUACUAAAUUGUAGAAUCAAAAGAGAUGUAAGGCAUCCUUUCUAGGUUAGAGAUAGGAUCGAAAAGAUUCAAUUUGUUGCCUUUAUGGAUGAAUGAGAUUAUUUUUAUUUUA